AUGGAUUCUCCUCAUGACGUUCAGUUCACCCACGUAGCUCCCGCCGACACCGUCGCGUCUUCCCACUCGGACCUUCCCCUCGCUCCCCUCCCCCCCACCUCAAUGUCCCAGCAACCUGCCGCCCUCUUCUCCGAUGACCUCGACCACGACCGCACCAUGUCUGUUCCCAUGGACGUCUCCAUCCCCUCCAUGUCUGCCCCGAUGGACGUAACCUCCAUGAGCGCGCUCGCCUCCGCAGCACCGAGCGAGGCUACCCCAACCGCUUCGAUGGGCAAUUUUGCGUCCUCGCUCAACGGCUUUCUUCCGCCAGAAACCCAUGCAGACAUCUUGCCCCCGGUGCAGUCGUCGCCCGGCGCUGCGUCCGUCUCGAGCUACCCCUCACACGCUUCCUCUCCGGCCAUUCCCGGCCUCAACCCGGCCUUCAGCGUCACACCUUCGUCCAUCGCCUCCGCGCUCGACAAUAUCCCCGUCUCGAUCGGUCGUAACCGCUCCGACUCGUCCGCGUCGCCGGCGUACUUUAUGGCCUCUGCUGCAGACAUUGGCUUCCCAUCCGCGGGGAGCGGACCGCCGACGUCCAGCCACAGCUCUAGCUUCCAGUUUCCGCCUUCGGAUUUCGAUGGGUCGCCCGCGGAAAAGGAGGAGUCGCCAGAAAUACCUGGUGGUCCUCACCUGAUGGUUGUCGGUGACAUGCUGCGAAACAUCAUGCAGACGGCCAACUCUGCGCGGCAGGCAUGCUCGAUGGGACAAGGCCUGACUGCGGGGGUCAAGAUCGACGAGUUGAAAAAGACCAUCGCGUUGGUGUCUGAGCUGAUCGCUGCUACGAGGCUUGUGGACGGGCCGAGCCCGCCUCGCGAGUCAGUGUCGCCGCAGAGGCAGGGAGGAUCGCCGUCCCACCCAUCAACGGCAGGCGCCGGCGUGUCGCUGUCGCUGAGGUCCGUGGAUCCGCACGGGCACGAGAUCGCCAACGUCGUGGACUUGACCGAGUCGAGGAAGCGCUGUGCGUCAUCCAUGGCCGGGGACCGCGUCAUCAAGGCUCUCAAGCUCGAGCCGCAGGAGGAUCUGUCCCUGCACCCGCACUUUUCCUUUCCCUCGUCCGGCGACCCUAUGGACCCACACUCUAUGCCCUCAUAUAGUUCCAGCUCCCCGUCCGCUCCCUCGUCCCGUCCCGCAAGUUCGGCUGGUCUUUCACUCCACCACAUGUACCCACCCCAGCAGAUCUCCCACUCGAUGUCCCUCAACUUUGCCCCGCCCCCCCUCAACCUCUCGUCCGCGCCCCCCCGCCAGUCCAUGGACUACAGUCCGCCCCAGUCCGCCCCGCCGUCCCACGCGUCCCACAUCCAAGGCCACGUGCCGGGCUUUGGCCACCCGCCAGACGCCUCUGGCUCGUGGACGAGCGCCGCGAGCGUGUUCCCACACCAGCGGCACCACCAUUCCAUGUCCGGCACUUCGUUGAGCAACGGCUUGAGCGUGAACGACCUCAUCAUGGGGUCCGCCCCUUCCUUUCCCUCUGGCACCCCCUUCGCGUCGUCUCCCCCCUUGCAAUCCGCCCCCUCGUCGUCCGCCAGUGCGAUCAACCCAUCCUUACGCCAGGACGUCACCAGGCUCUCUCGCUCCUCGUCCGUGUCCAACCCGUCCGGCGACCCCUUCGCGUUCAGCCUGCCCGACGUACCGCUAGAUGACCGCAUGGACUACCGCCCAUCUCGCGGCUCCCGCCCAUCGACCGCCGUCUCCCAGAGCCCUGGUGGGUCCUCGGAGUACGACAACGACGACCGCGACUCGGACGCGGGCGGCGAGCCCUCCCAGUCCCCGCCGUCGCGAAGUGGCACCUUCCGGGGCCGCAUGGGCAGUCUCGACAACGGUCCCGCGGGCAGCCCGUACCAGCGCCCGUCCACGAGCCAGCGCCGCUCGCUUGCGUCUCGCCCCUCGAUGGAGAACUUCUCCGCCAUGUCGUCCCUCGGGCACGGGAACGAGGUGCCUUCGGAGUACCGCGCGGAGGUCGACCGGAUCUUCUUCGACUUUCUCAACAAGAUAUGUUCCAACCUCGAAGCCACCGACGCGAAGGGUGAGCCAAUUCAUCAGACGCUCAUGGCGAAGAAGAUGCAGCGCCUCGACGAGUCACCAGACUUCCGUCCGUUCAAGUUCCGGAUCCAAGCGUUCACCAACGCCUUCCUGGAAGAGCUUGCUCGCCAGGGAUAUCCCGAGGAUAAAAUACCCAUGAAAAAGAUCCGGAACUACCUGUGGAACUCGUCGUACAUUUCGCGCUUCAACGAGGACGGCAAGAAGGCAAAAUCAAAAGGCAACCAUAUCUGGAACAUUGAAGCCAAAAAAGCAUCUGAGGGCGGGUGGAUCUUUCGUCCCUUCUACCGCCGCCUGGCUGGCCUACCACCUGGUGUGGCUUAUGUGGGUCUCCGCUGGUCCUGGACGCCGCGCAUUUGGGACCCACAGGCCUCCCGAAAUAACAUGCCUGUCGAAUACAGCUCGCCCUCCCUCCCGGCCUGGCUGUCCUGGAAGGACGACGUGCUGGCUGGGAUCCCCCCGCACGACGCGCAGAGCUGCGAUGUCGUCGUCGAAGCGAGGUUCAUUCAGGACGGUCAGGAGGAGUUUUUGUCGCAGAGCGUGCACAUCAACAUCGCGCCGAUGUCGAACGUGGACUCGACGUUCACGCCUUCGCAGCGACCCUCGCUGAACGGCACCGACCUCAGUCCCCGCCGCAUCGUCAGCGACUCGAUUGUCCCGCAAGCAGUCCCUGUGAGGAGUGCCGUGGCGAUGCGAGCGCAGGCCUCGUUGCCCCAAUCUACCGUGGUGCCGUCGCAGGACGCCCAAGUCAUCCAGGUCCUGACCACCGCUGCACAGCGCGUGGCCCAAGAAGCUCAGUCACAGGUCAUUGGCUCUCGCAUCACCAGCGAACCGGGUCCGGAACUGCAGUCAUUGGCGAAGCAGCAGCACGUCUUGACCGUCACGGCUCAGGCCGUGGACAGCACGGUCUCCGGCAGCUCCUCCACGCAGCCCUCCAGCGUCCUCGCCGCCGCCGCUCAGCAGGUGGUGCUGCAGGCCGCCCGCCAGGUCGCCGCGGACCGCUCCAACGCCGCCGCCGCCCAGAUCUCGGCGGGCCUCACGCCCUCGUCCUCGAUAUCACCGCAGGUCACGGUGAACGAGGUGUCGGUCGCCACCCAGUCGGCGGUCGCGCAGGCCGUCGAGCUCGCGGGACCCCUGUCGAGCGAGGUUGACGUGCUCAUGACCGCGAGCUCGCUGCUGCAGCAGCAGUCGCGCGCACCCGCGCCGGGCGCGCCGCAGCUCGCGCCGCCGAUGGACCACGCCCGCCCGCAUUCGACGGGCACGCUCAUUGCGCGGUCGACGUUCAACGGCCUGCCUUCGGGAGCGGCGGUGCCGUCCGAGGCGGGCAUGUUUGCGGCCGCGCCAGGGACGGCCGACUUUGUCCCGUUUCUCCAGCAUUCAUAG